AGGUCUUGCUCUCUUACGCAGGCUGGAGUGCAGUGGUGCAAUCACGGCUCACUGCAGCCUCAACCUCCUGGACUCAACUGAUCCUCCCACUUCAGGCUCCGGAGUAGCUGGGACUACAGGUGCACGCCACUACUCCCGGCUAAUUUUUUAUUUUUUGUAGAGACAGGGUUUUCCUGUGUUGCUCAGGUUGGUCUUGAACUCCUGGGCCCAGGCAAUCUCCCCACCUCAGCCUCUCAAAGUGCUGGGAUUACAGGCGUGGGCCACUGCACUCUGCCAAAGCAACCAAUUCUUUAGUUCUACACAGAUGAGAACCUUCCUUUGAUAUAAUCCUUUUGUCAAAAGACAGUUUUACAUAAACAAUUUAGCACCCCACUCCAUGCCUGGCGCAAAGCAGAUAUGUAAAUGUGUAUCCAUGCAAGAAUCAAAUCCUUUAUGUCAGUCCAGAAUGAAGUAGAUAAAACAAGAAAUGCUUAUAAAUUAAGGCUUUGGUGGCAAGAUUUAGGCAGCUGAGAAAGCACACCUUUUUAUUCCUCACAAGCAUCACCUUUUGAAAGAUGCCUAUGCUCUUAAAACAGGUCGAGAGAGGAAAUUUAAGAAUGAAUACACAUUGGGCUAAAACUUUACUAUAUUUCUUCCUAAGAGGGAACCAGACCUCUAAGUUGGGACGGCUCUUGCUUAUGAAGGGAAAUGUGCCAUAAUUCCUGUCAUUUUACUUGGGUCUUUUAAAAACCGCAAAUUCUCAUCUUCCACUGGCUGAGAGUAAAAAGAAAUAAAAGCAGUAAAGACUUCUUUUUGUGCGUAGGUGGCCCCGGUGUUCAUGCUGAAUACAGAUUUUUACACGAUAAAAUCUUAAAUAUCUCUAUAUGGAACGGAAUCCAUUUUUCCUGCCUCGGGAAGGAUUUCUGCGCUCUCGGGUGAAGUUCCUGAAGCAAGGAACCAGUUCCCCUCCACCUGUACUCUUGAGAGGAAUUCUCAGGUCACCUGAAACACGAGUUUCAGGACGACCCAUUCGUUCAGCGACCCAUUCUUUCACCCAGCCCAGAGCUCUGCGAAGCGGGACACGGGCAGUGCAACGGAAACAACCGGACACCGAGGCCCCCGAGGGCUGAGGCCGCGGCAGAGGCGGCGGCGCGGUGACGGGCGUGACUCCGGCCUUCCGGCUUUGCUGAGGGGCGGCCCCGGGACACCUGAGCCCCGCGGGGCCGUGAGCGCUCAGCACAGCUCCGGGCCGGAAUCACGAUCCACCAGCACCGCGCUGGCGCUGGGAACGGCGGCGGUGACGGACCGGGGACCGGAAGUGAAGGACCGCGGAGGACAGCUGCUUCCGGCGCCGUAACUGCUGCCAUCUUCUCCGCGCUAUGGCUGCGUUCAGCCGUCAGGUCCUUGAUUGGCACCGCCUGAUCCCCCUCACCUGGGCCUGUAUGGCUAGGCAGACUCCUCAUCUUGGAGAACAGAGAAGGACGACAGCUUCUUUGUUGCGCAAACUAACUACAGCCUCCAAUGGAGGGGUCAUUGAGGAGUUAUCUUGUGUUAGAUCCAAUAACUACGUGCAGGAACCAGAGUGCAGGAGGAAUCUUGUUCAGUGCCUCCUUGAGAAGCAGGAGACUCCUGUGGAACAAGGGUCCUUGGAGCUAGAGAGGGUCAUCAGUUCCCUCCUGGACAUGGGUUUCAGCAGUGCCCAUGUUAAUGAAUUGCUCAGUGUACAGCGAGGUGCCAGUCCUCAACAGUUGCUGGACAUCAUUUCUGAAUUUAUUCUCUUGGGUCUGAAUCCAGAGCCUGUGUGUGUGGUCUUGAAGAAAAGUCCCCAGUUAUUGAAACUGCCCAUUAUGCAAAUGAGGAAGCGCUCCAGUUACCUGCGAAAGCUUGGGCUUGGAGAAGGGAAAUUAAAGAGGGUGCUUUACUGUUGCCCUGAAAUUUUCACCAUGCGUCAGCAGGACAUUAAUGACACUGUCAGGCUUCUCAAGGAGAAGUGCCUUUUCACGGUACAGCAAGUCACCAAGAUUUUGCACAGUUGCCCCUCUGUUCUUCGAGAGGACCUGGAUCAACUGGAAUACAAGUUUCAGAAUGGUAGGUUUCAAGACUCUGUAUCUGGGACUCCUAAGUGUGUCUGUGUCUUCCAGUAUGCGUACUUCAGGAUGGGAAUUAAGCAUCCAGACAUUGUAAAGACUGAGUACUUGCAGUAUUCACUAACCAAGAUUAAGCAGAGACACAUUUACCUGGAGCGCCUGGGACGGUACCAAACCCCUGAUAAGAAGGGGCAGACACAGAUCCCUAACCCAUUGCUCAAGGACAUCCUCAGAGUUUCAGAAGCCGAGUUUUUGGCCAGGACAGCCUGUACUUCUGUUGAGGAGUUUGAAGUUUUUAAGAAGCUCCUGGCUCGGGAGGAGGAGGAGUCUGAGAGCAGCACAUCUGAUGACAAAAGGGCAAGUCUGGAUGAGGAUGCGGAGGACGAUGAUGAGGAUGAGGAGGAUGACGAGGCGGAGGACAGUGAUGAGGAUGAGGACGACGAGGAGGAGGAAUAGCUGUGAUGGAAGGACUAGAGCCAAAGGGCCCAGAGAUAUCAAGGAAGCUUUUCAUUCUCUUAAAGCUUUUGGGUCCUUGAAUCUUCUCAAGUUAUUUUUUAUUCUAAAACUGGUCUCUUGAUGAAAAAAAUUAUAAGUCCCCUGAGAGACAGAUCAAACCAAACAGGAAACAGGAAAUGCAUGUUUGAUCUGUUGUCAGGUGUCUGUGGGGAGGGCCCUGUCCCAUCCUGAAUAAAAUACUUAUGUUGAGCUAUUCAAAUCGAGGGGACUCAAUACAUCAACAUUUGGUUUUAUUUUUUUCUCUUUUGAAUGUGUUGGUGAUAAUUCCGUGACAGUUGGAAGAUGGGGUUCGUUCUUCCGGUUCAGGAAUCACUUUGUAUUUCCUUCUAGUGAUAAAAAUAAAAUUACGAGAAGGCAAUGUGAGGUUUUAGUACAUCAUAGCACUUUAUUUUAUGAAAACAUGUAGCAGAUUUUCCACAAAAAUACUUAUUUUUAAUCCAAAAGUAUAUUGCUUCAUAAUGGUAUUCAGUUGUACAGCAGAGUAAAAGGAAGUUGAUUCGUGACGUAUUGGUUAAUUUUGCAUGGCUUCUUAAGGCCAGCAAAAUACUGGCAGUUUUCUUUAUCUUUGUGAAGAACAGGCCCUUCCUGUUUGGGGAAGUUGGCUUUUAUGUCAGCUGUUGGCCAGCGGUCACUUCCAGGCCUGGUGUCUCCGGCCCUGUAGUCUGUAGUGCCAGACUGUGCUGGCCUGGAGAGUGCUGGGGCAGGUGGAGGCCAGGGAAUGGUCCCAUACAGUUAUCUCCCCUGCCCUGGUUUCAGACAGCUUCGAGAACCAGAGGAGAAGAGCAUAGGGUCAUGGAGCAGGUGGGCUGAAGCCAGGGCCACAGGGAGCUCUCCAUGACCCCCCAUGGUGGGUGUGGGGGGGGCGUGUCACCUUAGGGAACUCAGUGAGUCUGAAGAACAAUUUGAAAUGUUGGGAAAAGAAAAGAGGAAUUUGAUGUAAGCCAGGGGUGAUCCCUGAGGUAGAGGCCUGUCUCUGAUGGCAUGAGCUGUAAGGGUCCUGGAGGAUUGGUACAUUCCAGUUAGCCCUCUUUAGGGGAAACUGGCAUAGGAUUGAUGCAGAAGGCAUUUUUGAUGAUGGGACCAAAAUUCAAGUCUCCUUGGUAGCAAUCUAGGAUCGACUAGAUUCUAGGAUCUGGUAGAUUCUAGGAUUCUAGUGGGUAGAGGCCAGGGAUGCUGUAAAACAUCCUGCAGUGCACAGGAUGGUCCCACAAGAGAGGAUGAUCUGGCCCAAAAUGUCAGUGCUGAGCCUGAGAAACUCAUCUAAGGCCUGGUCCACUAAAGUAAUGUGACUGUUCACUCGUGACAACUUCAGAUGGUAAAUGGACUUAGGAUCGUAUUAUUUUAUUUAAAAGAAAAAUAAGGAGCUGGUUUUUCAGCCGGGUUCCUUUCCCCUAUGCACUGGAAUACCCCGGUAGGUGUGAGCUGCAUGCUACUGUGGGGAUUCAGCACUGAAGUCUAGGUGCUUUUGUUUUCUCCAGCAGCCUUGUCUUAGAGUGUGACUGCAAAGAAAAAGACUUUUGUUUUGCAAAAGAAAAGCAGCUCGGCGACUCCCUCCACAUCGCCACAGUUGAGUCAGACGGCAGUGGCAGUUGUUUGCCAGCGGAAGGAGUUCCUGCUAAGGGGAGGUGCAGGAGGUGAGCUGAUACCUGAGUGGGGCCCCUGCCUGUUGGGUUCUCCACUGGAGGACAGUGGGCACAGCAAAGACUCCCUUACUUGUACCUGGCAGCCCACAUGCAAUGGGGAAAAGGGAGAGUUUGUCUUUAUUGCCUUGCUUGGCCUUAGGCAAAACUGUUUGGAAAUGAGACAUUUCACUGUGCCAGUGUUUUCAUUUUCUCUUCCAUUGUGGCAUCCCGGUCACUGCCAUUCUCCCUAGAACCUAGGCUGUUGUUCUUGUGCCGAAUCAGAGGACUAAGUAGAAUCCUCAGUCUGCUUAGCCAUCCCAGUUUCAUUAGCAAAGGGGUAAUUCAGCAACUCAUGAUUGCUUCUUGCAUUUUGAUACAGAAAUAAAUCUUUAUGCUCCUGACA